CGACCCUGCAUAUCCACUACACACUUGGCCAAUCCAAAGAAUUCCAAACAUUUAUAUUUGGCUUCUUCUUUUUUUCUCUUUCUCUGAUUCUCUCUCCGAAAAUGACCAACAACAACAUCAUCCUCAUUGGUUUCCUCAGCUUCGUCGUCGUCCUUGCCUCCGCCGGCAACUUAAACCAGGACUUCCAAAUCACCUGGGGCGAUGGCCGCGCCAAAAUCCUCGACGGCGGCCGUCUGCUCACCCUCUCCCUUGACAAGUACUCCGGCUCCGGCUUCCGCUCCGCUAACCAAUACCUCUUCGCAAAGAUCGACAUGCAGCUCAAGCUCGUCCCCGGCAACUCCGCCGGCACCGUCACCACAUACUAUCUAAGUUCAGAGGGGUCAGCUCAUGAUGAAAUAGACUACGAGUUUCUGGGGAAUUUGAGUGGCGAUCCAUAUAUUCUUCAUACCAACAUAUUUACACAGGGAAAAGGUAACAAAGAGCAGCAGUUUUAUCUGUGGUUUGAUCCCACCAAGGACUUUCACACUUAUUCUAUUCUUUGGAAUCCUCAAACCAUCAUAUUCUCAGUGGAUGGGACACCAAUAAGGGAAUUCAAGAACAUGGAAUCAAAAGGGGUUCCGUUUCCAAAGAGCCAAGCAAUGAAAAUAUACGGAAGCCUUUGGGACGCAGAGGACUGGGCCACCAGAGGAGGACUUGUGAAGACUGACUGGACCCAUGCUCCGUUCACCGCCUCUUUCAGAAGCUUCAACGCUAAGACCGGCGGUGGCGGCGGCGACCAGUCGUGGCUGAAGGAGUCGCUGGACUCGACGGGGCAAGCAAGAAUCAAAUGGGUGCAGAAGAAUUAUAUGAUAUAUAAUUAUUGUGCUGAUGCGAAGCGAUUCCCUCAAGGCUUCCCUCCUGAAUGCUCUCUCUGAGAUGAUCUCUCUUCAAACUUCGUACGUAAAUGGGGCCUCCCAAAAAAAAAAAAAGGUCAAAUAAACUAGUGGGGCCCCACCUAUGAGAGGAUUGGAGAGUUAUGUUUUUUUUUUUUUUGGGUCGUGAUUUUCAGAUUAAUUUACUUUGUUAUUUUGUCUUGUGAAAAUUAAUUGUUCAUGAAUAGAAAUAAAUGAUGUUUAUCAAAAACAAAUAAAAGCUAGGAAGCUUAUUGUGAAUUUUAGCAAAA